CACCUGGCGCUCGGGUUGUAUUAUGAGGCUGUAUAAAAGUCGAAUAAAAACACCAGCCUCCCAAUUUUCAUAUUAUAAUCAUAUCUGGUCCGACGACACGGCAAAGAUUGGGCUACAGGCUGUACGAGGAUUGUAUUGGGGCGGCUAGCUCACAAAUCCGACCCUGUGGACUGCUGAGAGCCAGUGCCGGCCGAGCAGGCGGAAAGGUUAUUUUUAUCCCGCCUCAAUUGCCGCUAUGAAAGAUAGCCAUCUGAAUGAGAUUAGUCAAUAAAUAACACGCAUCCAAGGAAUUCUUUAACAUUUAACAUCUGGCCGACUAGCUGGCGGGCCGACAGUGUAAACAGAGCGGUGAGCAGGCAGGUUCGGUCGGCGGCUCAGGGAACAAGCAGACUGCUUAGUAGUGAUCGCGGUAUGGCAGGGAAGCAGUACUCGGGCGGGCCUCAGCCCCCCUCAUCCCCGUCCCUCGGGCGGGGUUCUAUCCCACCCUCGCCGGACGGCCCCACCCAGGGAAAGGACAUCUCCCCUACGGAAACUCCGAGGAAGAAUAAGCGAAAGUUGAGUGAGCCAAGGAAGAGGACUGACUUCAGUAUAAAAAGAUUCUGUCCUGACAGUCCAGGAAGUGCAAUGUCCGAUUCGGGGUGCAGUGAAGACUUCGAGGGGGUGCAGGAAAACCCCCCUCAGACGCCCGACCCCACCUUUCUCCAAGAUCAUGAUGAUUCUUCUCUAGGGAGGGUUGACACCCCAACUGCCGGGGUGCACUUUCUACCAGGCGUGCGUGCGAACUGUAUUGUGCCAAAUCUCUACAUCAAUAAGACAAUCACGGCUUCUCCGUUAAUUCCUGGAUUCUCUAAUUACGCCAUGGGAACAUUACCCGAACCUUAUCCUAACGGAUUUACACGCGAACAAAUGGAACUGUUAACAGGAACAGGUGGGGUACAUGACUUAUCAAGUCGUUCGGAGGAGGAUCCGGAUGAAAAGGGUGGCAAAAAACAGAGGAAGAAUUACAAAAAUAUGACACGUGAGAGACGGGUGGAAGCAAAUGCUAGGGAGAGAUCACGUGUUCACACUAUCAGUGCGGCUUUCGAUGCUCUAAGGAAAGCGGUACCAUCAUACUCCUAUAACCAAAAACUUUCCAAAUUAGCCAUUCUACGGAUUGCGUGUAGUUACAUACUGGCUUUAACAAGACUGGCAGAUGUGGAGUAUUGUCGUGACGUCGGGGAUAUGUCGUUUUCGGACUGCGUGGAUAUGUGCACACAGACCAUUCAGACUGAAGGCCGAGCUCGCAGGAGGCAUUGAAGGAACAUACACACUUUCAUGUUGAAAUCUGUGAUAAGUAUUUUGCUGUUGGUGAUAUUGUUACGUUGUUUGGAUUACUAUGUUUCAUGUGAUGUAAGCAAUGAUUAUAGGACACUCCCUGGCAUAAUUACUGGGUACCUGUGUUCGGAAAUGGAAACUGGAAUCUAUAAAAUCUGGAGAAACAACUUUCUGUGGGUAAAAGAUCUCAGAGGCUCGAAGUUUGAGCGAGACUGUAUUAACAGGUGGCAGAGGGCAUCGUUCAUGGUGAUCUUUAUUGAAUCAGCCGGAGUUGCGUCUAAAUAGCUGUUGGUCCCCACUCCCCAAACAUUUGUUCCCCGGCCACCUGCUACUUACAUCUGUAACCUGGCGUCGAGUGUUCAUAAUGAAAGUAGAUCACCGCAUCCCCAAGCGGUUUCGGUCUUGUUAAAAUUUCAUGAACUGAUGUCUUCGAUUACGUCAGUGAAAAGCAAUGGGAUGAAAACAGGUGGCAUAAGGCUGAGCAGACGACAAACGUUUUUGCGGAGGAACAAUCGUGGAACUGCAAAACGGGAAAGAAAAGGACUCGCUUAGGGGCUUCCUGCCUCCACGUCGAGUCUCCGAACUGCUGGGGAGGUGAGAGCCGAGGGGGAGGCGGACAUCACUCAGUACAUCUGGCGAGCAGACGACAUCCCCAGCUCUACAUAAAUACAUGAUAUACCGCGGAGUCCAGCACGGCUGAUAGCGCCCGCCCUGUCUACCGCUAAAGCAGGUCCCUCCCCCUGUUUCAACCAGCUGGCCGUGGUUGUGUGAUCGUCUGCUAUUUGGGGAGGGCACUCGCGAUAACCCAGCGAGAACACAUUCUCAGAACUGUUGAUGCCAUGUUUAUCAGCCGCGUACAGACCCAGUUAACAAAUUACAGUCAUUACAGAACUUAGGCGGACGAAGUGUUUGUUUUAUCACCCUCGUCUAAUGUUCUGUUUACAAUAUAUAUCAUUUCAGCGAAUGGUCGUCAUGGAGUUGCGAUCACAGAUAUCAUGUUUAUACAGCCGACUCUCUAAGUAGUACUGGUCUUAUCUGCUAAGUGAAAGAAGUGUCCAAAGAACUCCGAAUGCGACGGAUAACAAUCUAAGAGGUGUUAUUGGAAUUAUAUGUGCUCAGAUUAACUCGAGAAUCCGUGUGUAGUUUCACAGAACUCCGACUUUCUCGGUUCCAUUCCUUGCCAAUAUUUACCUACCUUUUUUAUACUUGUCAUAAUCUGACGAACACUAAAACUAAAGAUGUUUUCACAAGUGCUGAAUUAGUUUGAAAUAUCAGAUCAACUGAUUUUAACAUAGGUAAUUCAAAUUUUACGGUUCUGUUCGCGCGUAUGUAUAUACAAAGAUUCUUGCAAUGUCUUUUAAUAGUGCUAAUUGUUCCACCAGCUGUUGUUAUUCCUAACAAGAAGCAAAUUAUUUAUCUGGAAUUUUCGAAAUAAGAACUGUAUGCAGCGAAUAACAAGUGUUGUAUUUCUUAUUCACAUUAUUUUGGAUAUUUGAUGUUUUCGCCAUCUUCGUAUCAUAGGAGGAUUGUGAAUAUAGGUCUAGUUAUUUUUGUCGAUCAUUGUCGUUUAAUUAUUAUCAAAGAUAUUCUUUAUCCAGAUUGGACUAAAAAUCGCAGACAUGCAGGUUCAAAUUAUUCCACCAGCUCCACAUUUCUGCUCAACAUCGAUUUUUAACACUCGCCGUUUGUUUCAGCACUGCCUAUUAAAAUCCCGAUUCUUGUCCAUGCGAAUUGCCACCACUUCACGACUAAGGCACUGUUUUAUCUUAGUCUCUCAUUACUCAUCAUAGAGAAGAGCUGAUAUUUUGCAGAAAAGGGGGAAAAACUUCACUGGCAAAUAAGCAACAUAUUCAAUUUAAUUUUGUUAUCAGAAAUAUGCAUCAAGGUGUUUAAACCGCCAAGAGCAAUACUGCUCCAGCUUUAAAAAUUACUCUGGGUUUGUGUGAGUUUCGCAUUUAUGCACUUUCAAACCACUUCAUCACAGAAUUCUUUGGAGUGAGUGUUUGGUUUUUUGUAUCAAAUUACUUGAAAUAUCCCUGCUGUGUUAUACUGAAUAAGGGCCCUAUUAUAAAAGCAUGUGACAGUGUGCAUGGACACAUCUCCAAAUGUUCAAAACGGAGACAGGGCGGGAGCCAGAUUGUCAGCUGGGCCUAAGUAAAACUUCAAAGGAGCUCUGGUUGAAUUUAAUGAGUCCCAUUGAAAAAGCCCUAGCUUUCCUGUUCCAUAUUCAAAGAUCUUUGAUAAAAACAAGAAAUUUGUUCCAUUUCCUCUCGAAUGCAGAUUAAAGGGGGAAGAUAUGUGAAACCUGUGUGAAGUGGUUUUGCGAGUCUCAUAUCAAAUUGUUCAUGCGUUUUUCUCCUGUUCGGGGCGUUUGUGUUCUGUGAAAUAUCAGUUCUACCUUCAGAGCGCCGUAAUGGCGAGCACUUACAUCAGUGGUCAGUUCAUCAUGCGUAUGUUUUUUUUUCUCCAAAUGUUACUUUAUGUAUAUCAUUCUUUUGUUAUGUUUAUGUUCAAAUGUUACUGUGACCAGAUAAAGUAUUACGCUCGAUAAGGGCGAACAUACA